AUGUUCCGGAUUAAUUUAUUUGAUGGAUAUUAUAUGCCAAAUGUAACUGGAAAUUUAGUAACUUUACUUAUUCCUCGUGCAAUAACUUUUUCUUUCUCAUCAAUAGCUGAUGUAUCUGGUAGCUCUACUGUUAAUUUUGCACCAUGUUCAAUGGAUUUAGAUGAAUCUUCAGAAACUGUAGCACGACCAGUUAUGAUUAUAUCUUGUUGA